AUUUUUAAUCAGCGUGAUACUCGAUCAUUUUUAAUCUGCUUUCACCAUUGGAGGUAAGCUGUGAGCUGUUAAACCACUGAUGAUUUUUAUGAUCACACUUUAUUUGACAUGUAUCAUCUUUUAUUAUUUUUGAAUUCAUUAGUUUCAAGUUUCUUUAGUGUGCAUUUCCUUUUUAUGUAUAUAUAAAUUGUAUCUUCAUGCUUUCUGCAUCCGAUUAUCACUGUUACUGAUUUCAUUAUUAUUUCAGAAAUGGUCAAUCACAGUAAAAGGCGUAACUUUUAAUUACUUUUUUUUUUUUGUUUCCUCGAAAAGAAGAGAGGUAUCUGCUAGGCUAAGCCUAGUGAAUAGCUAUUUAGUAUCAAUGUUUGCAGCUCAUAAGAUCACAUAAUUACAUGCACAUGCAAUUGAUAUCAGUUUCUUAUUCUACGAGAUGAUAAAUUCUUAUGUACAGGACUCUUUUUUUUUUUUUUGGUUUCGGUUGAAGAGGGGGGUAUCUGCUAAGCUAAUCCUUUUACUUAAUGCUUAGUUAUUUGGUAUUGAUGUCUGCAGCUCAUAAGAUCACAUAAUUACAUGCACAUUAAAUUGAUAUCAGUUUUUCAUUCUCUCGAAUUUGUUUCCAGUAAGAUAUGUCUACAUCUGGUGAGCCUGUGAAAAUUGAAAGGGCUGUCAAGGUUGAAGAAGACAAAGAAGGACAGAAUGGAUUCUUCGGGACUAUUAAGGGGUUUAUCCAUGAUAUAGGAGAGAAGUUGGAGGAUAAAGUAGGAUUCGGGAAACCAACUGCAGAUUUUGUAGCGAUUCAUAUCCCUAAAAUGAACCUUAAAAUGGCUGAAAUUGUUGUUGAUGUGCUUGUGAAGAAUCCAAAUCCUAUUCCAAUCCCUCUUGUUGACAUAAACUACUUGAUUGAAAGUGAUGGAAGGAAACUGCUUUCUGGCUUAAUCCCUGAUGCUGGAACCAUCCAUUCACAUGGUUCAGAGACUAUUAAGAUCCCAGUGUGUCUUAUUUACGAUGACAUUAAGAGUACGUAUGGAGACAUACAUCCUGGAAACAGAAUUCCUUACAAGGUCAAGAUUGACCUCAUUAUGGAUGUGCCUGUCUUUGGCAGGCUAACUUUACCAAUGGAGAAAAGUGGAGAGAUCCCUGUGCCAUAUAAACCUGAUAUUGAUGUUGAGAAAAUAAAAUUUGAAAGCUUCUCGAUGGAAGAAACGGUUGCAAACAUCCAUUUGAAACUGGAGAACAAGAACGAUUUUGAUUUGGCACUGAAUUCAUUAGACUAUCAGGUUUGGUUGGGUGACAUUAAUGUUGGUGGUGCAAAAUUGUCUAAAUCUGCCAAGAUCGAUACAUGUGGUAUAACUUACAUUGAACUUCCCAUCAGCUUUAGGCCUAAGGAUUUUGGAUCAGCUCUCUGGGAUAUGAUUAGGGGAAGGGGUACUGGUUACACAAUGAAAGGAAACAUUGAAGUGGACACACCCUUCGGACCAAUGAAGUUACCUAUUAGCAGGGAGGGUGGCACCACACGCCUUAAAAAGAACAAAGAAAACGGAUGCAAUGAUGAAGAUCAAGAUGAUGAUGAUGAGGACUGAACUGAUUGCAGUCUCGGGACAGUCGCCUUUGUCUUCUGUGGCUGAUGAAGGUUUGAUAUAUUUGCAAAAUUGCAAGAAUUUGAACUUGAGCCAUUAUUUCCAGACUAUAAAUUUUGUCAACUAGCCUUGUUUUGGAUUACAAUUUUUUAAUCUUUUGAUGAGUACUGGGAUGUUAAAUGUAUUGCCAUUUGCGGUUUCUUUUUUUAUUCAAGACAUUCAUGUGCUGACAAUCUGACA